GUCCGCUCCGGGUCCCGGCGGGCGCGAGGGGAGGGGACAGGCGAGAGGAGGGCUGGGCGGCGGAGGGGAGGAGGCGCUGCGUGCCUCGCCUGCCAAAGGCAGAUCAGAUCGGCUCCUCCGCCCGUGAGCCCCGGUGCCCCGCGCACCGCCCCAGCGCUCCGCCCGAGCCGCCGCCGGAGAGCCGGAGCAGCGCGGGCUGCCCGGACGCGGCGCCGCGCGUCCUCCCGGAGACCUCCGCCCCCUGCCGGCCCCUGCACGCCUCUCCCGCGGCCGGCCCCGGAGGCUCCGCGGCUGUCGCGGACCGCGGCGAAGAAGGAAGGACGGUCAGGCGCGCCGUGGAUGCUCCGCCUGGGAGGGACAGCAAGUUGUGAGUGCGCCCCGGCCCCGGGAGGGAGGGCGGCCGCCGCCCGCCAGCCAUGGAUCAGCAUCCUUACUGCAGAGAAUGGGAAGUUGAUGUCCAGUAAGACUGAAGAUCCGUUUUGUUAGUGGCCACUCUCCCUUCACAGAACUGUGGAUUACCUGCGGGGAACCGGUAGUUUGAAGGCCUUUACUUCUUCCUGCAGACCCGGAACAGUUACUUUGGGUCCUCCUUGCCCUGUCAGGUGAAAGAUGGCAUCCAGUCUGACUUGCACCGGGGUCAUCUGGGCGCUGCUGUCGUUUCUCUGUGCAGCCACCUCCUGCGUGGGGUUCUUCAUGCCUUACUGGCUCUGGGGAUCACAGCUGGGCAAGCCCGUGUCCUUCGGCACUUUCCGGAGGUGCUCGUAUCCCGUGCACGAUGAGAGUCGGCAGAUGAUGGUGAUGGUUGAGGAGUGUGGGCGCUAUGCCUCUUUCCAGGGCAUUCCCAGCGCGGAAUGGAGAAUCUGUACCAUCGUGACCGGCCUGGGCUGUGGCCUGCUCCUCCUGGUGGCUCUCACCGCCCUCAUGGGCUGCUGCGUGUCGGAGCUCAUCUCCCGGACCGUAGGAAGAGUGGCCGGAGGAAUUCAGUUUCUGGGGGGCUUGUUGAUCGGUGCUGGCUGCGCCCUCUACCCUCUGGGCUGGGAUAGUGAGGAAGUCCGGCAGACUUGUGGCUACAUUUCUGGCCAAUUCGAUCUGGGUAAGUGUGAAAUCGGCUGGGCCUACUACUGCACAGGAGGAGGGGCUGCUGCCGCCAUGCUGCUCUGCACAUGGCUGGCUUGCUUCUCAGGCAAGAAACAGAAACAGUACCCAUAUUGAGAUGGAGCCGCCAAGCGCAGACAGAGGAGAACAUGGGCCACAGGGACCCCGAGGGACCGAAGCAUCCAGCUACUCUCAAAAGGCAGAAGAGUGCUUCUAAACCAUACGAUGCAAAUGAAAUGAAACCCAAAGGAAUCAGAAACAUCUUACCACAUGGAAGGGUUGUGCAAGAUUUGCAAAAGAAAUGUAGAGCAUGGAAUGAUACAGAAAAAUGGACCAAAGGCUAAAAAUAUUGCAGGGUGUUGGGUGUUUCUAUUCCACAGAGUAUUGUUGAUGUAGAACACAUACACACACAAAACAAAUCUAUAUAUGCAAACAAGGUUUGUUUUUUGUUUUUUUUUUAGGAUGAUGACUCAGAGAAUCAAAAGGGCUAGUAGAAACAGUAUUACGUUAGGAAGCAGGGUAACCCAAAAAGGUUCCCUGUAAGUCAUGGCACUUUUGAAAGCACACGAGCAUAUACAGACAUACCCAUGCAAUACACAUGCCCAAACACAGACAUUUCCGUGGUUGCACAGACUGUACGAGAUAUUUAGUGGUGCGUUACUCCUCUGUUUUCUUUUUAAUACACAUUUAAAAUACAGUAUUAUCACUUUAUAAAGCAUACAUUAAACCUAAUCAAUGGACCAAUAAGCCACUUUAUCAGUAUUUUGUAUACCCUGCAUAAACUCUUUACGCCCUCAACCUGUUUUCAGUGUUUAUGCAGACCUUUAGAAUUAAGCCUUUGUAUUUCAAUAUUAUUCAAAAAAUAUGCAAUAUUUCUCUGAGUAGUUUCUGCUGUGAUAUUCUUACGAAGUAAAGGGGCGACUUUGUGUCCACCAUAGGAGAGAAUUCGAUGUGAGAGUAAGGAGAGACAUUCUCCAGUCAUUAGAUCUUGUUUUCUUUCGUCCAUUAUUGUACUGUGCUAUACCACAUUUAUUCCAAUAUUCAUUUUGUAAAAAGUAAAAAGUGCUAUUUUGUUUGUAUUUGAAAAGCUCUGUGAAUAAAUUUUCUCUUUGAUCAAUA